AUGAAGUACAUUGAUGAGAUUGAUUUAGAGUUGGUCAACCAGGAACUUAACUUUAGUCUGCCCGAUGAUAACCUAGUGAUACGAGGCGGGUGUGAGUUAUUCACAACUAAACCGAUUGGUUCCGAUCGCAAGCUUUUCAAAACCAUCGAUAAACAUUUGAACCAAAUAAUUGAGGAUAACCAGAUGUAUCGUUCGUUGGAAAGGGAAAGACGAAAUUCUGCAAAUUUGGUAUCGGGGGCUAGUAAUAGCAGUCCCGUUGAAACAGCAAACCAGCUGCUGCAUCAUCCUAUGUUACCUCCGCAAAAAGUGCGAAGGUUGAGUUCGACUUCAACCCUGAGUAGAGAGUUGCACAAGGAUCUGGUUGCUAGCAACGAGAGCACUUCUCCUUUACUAUCGAAGUCGUGUCCAGACGAUAGUUUAAUAGAGCCAGAUCAACGAAAGCAGAAGCAACAGCAGCAACAGCAGCAGCAACAGCAGCAACAGCAGCAGCAACAGCAGCAAAAGGAAGAAGAACCACCAAUUGACCAAUCUCCAUUUGGUCCAUUGAAAAGCCCCACCACUAGGAAAACUUUUGCUUAUUUAAUAGCAAUUUUAAAUAACACCUUUCCUGACCAAGACUUUUCUGGCUUGCAACCGACGACGGAGAAUUUUUGUAAAAUCGAUUCGCCCGAAGAUUUGGUUCAGAAAUUCAACAACUUAUUAAUAUCAUUAGGUAAGAAGGAAGAUAUACUAAACUGGAUAUGGGAUAUAAUAAACUCAUAUAUGGAUGUGUUGAGUGUGAAAACUUCGUCCCCACAAUCCGGUGCUACCGUUGGGGGAGCACAUAGCUAUGGGCAUAGUUACAACUCGAGCAGGAAAAACAGUCUCACUAGCAAUAACAAUAACAACAACAACAACAACAACAAUAGUGGCAGCAGGCAUGGGUCAUUAACAACUUUAACAGGAAGUUAUUCUUCCCCGUUUAGUAAUGCCCACUAUGAAAACUGUCAGAUAUACCAAUUCCAACCAUCAGACGAAUCUAUAUUCGAAGACUUGACCUAUCCAUAUCAGCCCAUGUGGUCAUACUAUUGGUUUAUUUACAAUAAAAGGAAAAAAAGAGUAACUUUUUUGUAUUUAGCAGCAAUUAACAAAGUCCAUUUCAACAGUGUUAAUGCUCUAAAACGCCGGAAUAAGGCUAAACUUAAUAAAGAAGUAAUCAAUGGUUACGAUGACGAUGACGAAGAAUACGAUGAGAAUGACGAGUACCAGAAUAAUGAAAAUGAUGAGUUUGCAACCGAUCUGAACCUUGAAGAUAAUGCUGAUGCCGAUGUUGUAGGGGACCUUGAGAUUUGA